UGCGCCUCGCUAACAAUAGGCUGGGUUCGGCAAGUUUACUGUUAAAAAAGCAGCCAGGAGGGAGACGGAGCACAGCAGGGCUGAGCCGACAGGGUAGCGGAGUUUUCCCACUACAGGAGACGUGGUGUCCCGGUGUCGGAAAUUACCACGCAGGCACUGUGGGAUUUACAUUUACGACCGGACAAGUGGCUGCAGGUUCAACGAGUCUCUGCCUUUGUGUGACAGGAGCGAGCUACACGUCACGUUAACAGGAACGGUCGGCUGCAGCCUAUCUGAAGAUGUCUGAUAAUGGGGAGGUCGAGGACAAGCCCCCAGCUCCGCCCAUGAGGAACACCAGCACCAUGAUUGGCUCCUGCAACAAGGACCCUGUCCCCCUCAACCAUGGCUCCAAGCCCCUCCCUCCAAACCCGGAGGACAAGAAGAAGAAAGACCGCUCCAUUCGAUUCAUCCUGACAGGAGGAGGCGAUAAAACCUAUAAGAGGAAGGAGCGCCCAGAGAUCUCUCUGCCGUCAGACUUCGAACACACCAUCCAUGUCGGCUUUGAUGCUGUUACCGGGGAGUUCACUGGAAUGCCGGAGCAGUGGGCUCGGCUUCUGCAGACAUCCAACAUCACCAAGCUGGAGCAGAAGAAGAACCCUCAGGCCGUCCUCGAUGUUUUAAAGUUCUAUGACUCAAAAGAAACGACCAACAGCCAGAAGUACAUGAGCUUCACUGAUAAAACUGCUGACGCCUUCAGCUCCUCCGCCACAACGCUUGGCCACCAGCCGAGCGUCAGACUAUCAGCGAGAGACAGAGAGGAAGAGAGGGAUAGAAAGAGCUCCAAGGCCGUGUCGGAGACGCCCGCCAUAGCAACCGUAUCUGAGGAUGAGGACGAAGACGAGGCCGAGCCCCCGCCGGUGAUCGCCCCCCGACCGGAGCACACCAAAUCAAUUUACACUCGCUCGGUGAUCGAGCCCCUACCUCCUCCUCCCACGAAAGAUGCUGCGACUUCGCCCAUCUCUCCACCGACCGCCGCGGCCGCCGCCGUCACUCCCGCCCAACCUGCAGAAGCAGCUCCCAGCAGCCCUCCCAGUGCUAGCCCUGCCCCCGGUCCUUCCUUGCCCCACCCACAGGACAAAGCCAGGAAGAAGAAGAUGUCUGAUGAGGAGAUCUUGGAGAAGCUACGGACGAUCGUCAGUGUGGGCGACCCCAAGAAGAAAUAUACACGAUUUGAGAAGAUUGGACAGGGGGCGUCUGGGACGGUGUACACAGCUAUCGACGUCGCCACAGGACAGGAGGUUGCCAUCAAACAGAUGAACCUGCAGCAGCAGCCGAAAAAGGAGCUGAUCAUCAACGAGAUUCUGGUGAUGAGGGAAAACAAGAACCCAAACAUAGUCAACUACCUGGACAGUUAUCUGGUGGGUGAUGAGCUCUGGGUGGUGAUGGAGUACCUGGCCGGAGGUUCGCUGACUGAUGUCGUAACAGAAACUUGCAUGGAUGAAGCCCAGAUUGCUGCUGUGUGCAGAGAGUGUCUCCAGGCGUUGGAGUUCCUGCACUCAAACCAGGUCAUCCAUCGAGACAUCAAGAGCGACAACAUCCUGCUGGGCAUGGACGGCUCCGUCAAGCUCACUGACUUCGGAUUCUGCGCUCAGAUCACUCCUGAGCAGAGUAAACGCAGCACCAUGGUCGGCACGCCGUACUGGAUGGCUCCGGAGGUCGUGACCCGCAAAGCUUACGGUCCCAAAGUGGACAUCUGGUCUCUGGGCAUCAUGGCGAUAGAGAUGGUGGAGGGAGAGCCGCCGUACCUGAACGAGAAUCCGCUCAGGGCGCUGUAUCUCAUAGCAACCAACGGGACGCCGGAGCUGCAGAACCCGGAGAAGCUGUCGACAAUAUUCAGAGACUUCCUGAACCGAUGUCUGGAGAUGGACGUGGAGAAGAGAGGCUCGGCUAAAGAGCUGCUGCAGCAUCAGUUUCUGAAGAUGGCGAAGCCGCUCUCCAGUCUGACUCCUCUCAUUCUGGCGGCGAAAGAGGCGGCCAAGAACAACCGCUAGCUCUUCUUUGGCUCCUCCCUUCUGUCUCUGUGUGUCUGUCGUCCCUCCUGUGAAGGCGGCGAUGGCUGCUGGCUGGGUUUGUCCAACCGUUUGAACGCCUUCACUCUUUCUCUCCUUCCUUGUUUUUCUGUUUUUACCUCCUCCUUCACCCCGUCACCUUUGACCCCAAGCUCGACCUCCCUUUUCCCCCAACCCCAACUCCACACUCACAGGGAUGAUGAAAGGUAACAUCUCCUUCUUCGACACUCCACUGGACUCAGACAGGAAGGCGGGGCCUAACUGUAAUGAAGUGAUGUCAUUUCUGACAUCAUCACCCUCUCAGCCGGCAUGAACAACCACAGUAUGGGAGCGAGAGCCCAAAGACUCUUUUUUUUUUUUUUUUAAUGAUGUUUGAUUGAUUUCUAACUUGUCUGUAAACACCCCGGACCACCAACAGCCAACCAGCGCCCACUGAGUGUGUGUGUGUCUGUGUGUGUGUGUUUUAACUUCCUGUGAUGCAUCGGCGGAUACGGCCGUACCCGUUUCAUCAUCUUCUAAAAGUGCAUUUGUUGAUUUUCAUUUUAUUAUUAUUUUUUUUAGCGCGUGAUUGUGAGUGUCACAGCGGGGGAUGUUGGGUUAUUACUUCUGUUGAUUGUAGCGUUAAAUUCUGUAGUUUCUGACACGGAGCAGACGAUUUGUGGUACGUUGUCGUGUCUGCAGUGUGAGCUGUGAGUUAGAGGAGAUGAUUAAUUAUAAGGAGGAAACACUGGUGGACCCAGAGCCGUCGAUGGACCCAGUUUGCACACGUUUUUCUCUGGAAGCUUUCAUUUUAUGCUGAGAGGAAAUCAUUCACAGCUGUAGGGUUCAAAAUCAGGAGCAGAGUGCAGAAUAUGAAGUACAAUCAAAAACUUCAAGGAGAAAGAAAUGUAGAAAUCAAAAACCUUGUUUUCAGUGUUAUCUUCUGGUGCACCUCUGGACAGACGUUAGCACUGCUGCUAUCCCGUUAUGUCCCCUAACAGCUGUGAGGCAUUACAGGUGCUGGAUCUCCUCCAGCACACCAACAUCUGCAGUCCUAUAAGCAUCUCAAGAAGUGAACCCUGGCUUUAAAUAUUCAUAUAGAUAUGAUUACACGACUGUGAAGGUCAGUCGACCUCUCAGUGUCUGAACCCAAACUUGAGGGUCCCACAUGUGAGUGAGGCCUCGGUCACACAGGCCUAGAGACUGACUGGCAGCCAACAGUCGCUAGGAAAAAAUUAGCAUUGAACAACUGGCUUGCUUGCGGUGAUCAUUAGAUAAAACUCAUCACAAACAGCCACACGAGCUGCACUGAAAGCCUUCAUGCGACUGCACUGGUCCAUGAUUCGUAUGGAAGACGCAGGUUUAUCAGCAAACAGUUGCUAUCUCGCUAAAGCUGCAUACUCACUGGAAGCGAACGUACGAGUCUCCGGGUGUCUCAGUAAACAGCUAACGUAUUUACUACCAAUCGCAGGUAUUCCUUGGUCUCAAGUUUAUAUUUGGGUCCCGCCCUCUUCCCAUUGGUUUAAGUCCCGAAAUGUUAUUCACCGCUUACGUCACGUCGCUGCAAAUCACUUCCAGUGUGCAAGUAGCAUUAGGGGUAGUGAAGCUGUGAAGAACGAUGGUUUUGCGUCACUCAGGGCCUAGCAGACCUGCAGAGAUAGAAAAUAAAACUUCUUUAUGGUUUAUAGAGCAAUAAGACAGGUUUAGAAGUCACAUGAAUCAACAGCAAAAAAGAGGAAAAGAAGCUCCUGCAACAGCUGCUCAUAAGGAUCCACAUUCCUUAUUGACACUGUUCAUGAAACAACGAGCUGCAGACGCUCACUGAGAUCGGGGGUGAGGAUUGGUCGGUACAUGACCGUUUUGCACAUGCUGAUCUCUGAUCUCUGCGUAAGUUUCUGUGAGCUUCCUAACUCUGAUCGCUCAGAGUUAAACCCGAAGUUAUCUUGUCAGCUCUAAUCCUGCUUCGACCUCUGUGCUGUUGAUAUCCUGUACGAGAGGAAAAUCAAACUCUGUGUUUAUCCAUCACCAAACAUGAGAAGUGGCUCCAUCUGCGGCUCUGGGGCUUCAGUCUGCGGGCUCGGCGCUCAGGCUGAGGGAGAGAAUGUGCAUGUGAACAAACUUUUUUUUAUACGGUACGUUAAAGAUAGAGAGAAACAAAAUAAUGAGUUGUGAUGAUGCUGAAACGUGCAGUCACGAAGGACGCCUGUGUACGAUACGGGAGAUCAUAUCUUAAUCCUAUUUUUUAGAAGCGAGAUGGUACGACGUCGUUUUCGUCCUGCCUGGACGACUGUGCGAUACGAGGUGUAUAUUUUACAAGAUGACAAAAAAUGAAAGCAACAAUCUGUUUUUGCCUUUGUUUACAAACUCACUGUUUUUAUUUGAUUGUUUUUAGCUGAUCGAACAUAGAAAAUUUGUCGUUUUUGAUUCAGAUGUCAAUAUUUGAGUACGUGUUUUGGAACAAAAAUUUUGUUGUUAGCAAAAAAAAGAAAAAAAGGAAAAACUCCUGUUUCAGGUUCAGAUCCUGCAAGAGCCAAAGCAUCCAUCAGCAGCCACGACUGUUUGCUCACACAACGAACACUUGCAAUGUAAAUACUCAGCAGACGUUUCCAAAACACUUAUUCAAAACCGUCUCUAUGAUUUUAUUGUUUUUAUGUAUUGUUAAUGUACCUCUGGCCUUAAACUGUUUCAAAGAUGCAGGACUGCUUUUCUAUCAGAGUGACGGCAACGAUCCACAGCAACAUUUGAGGGAUGCAGCUUGCUGUAAUCUGCUGAUUCUUCUCUUUGUUUUUCAGUUAAUCUGUAAAUUUCUCAAAUAUUGAAAAAAGUGAAAGCAUGUUUGUCUCACUUACCCAGUUUGACAUCUGUAGAAGUUUGCUAUGUGACAAAAAAAGAGUCCAAAAGCAGCAGCGAUUGAUUUUCUCUAAAAAGGUGACGAUAAAGUCGUCACAGAUGAUACGUUUCCUAACCUGUAGUCUCGUAAAUUGUGAUUUUUUACUUAAAUUUUUUUUUUACUAAACUUCAGUGAUCAGAGGACAAGAAAGCAUCCUUACUAACUAGCACAUAUCAAGAAAUAUUGACAUCUCCUGUCUCCAAAAGUGGAAGCCUGUGAUGGGUUAAAUCUCUCACGCGGUUAAUCGAUUACCAAACAGUUGCAGGUUAUUUUCUAAUAGUUGCAGCAUUGGCAGAUGUAUUAACAUAGCAUUCAGGGUUUUUCCUGGCUUAAAGUGAGCCUUUGUGGGACGAUUAAACAUGACUGAUCUGUAAAUCGUGAUGACAAAGAAUCCGGUCUCCUGUUCUUUUUGGCCAUGUGAUAAACAAAAGUGUUUUUUAAGCUUGAAAACAUGAAACCCCUUUCACAAAGAAUCACAGUCCUACUGGAAGACCAACCCUUUAAUGUGGAUGAUAAACUCAUGUUAAUGAUCUUUUUGAGGGCACAGAUUUGGACAAUGGCUGCUGAAGUGUCAUUAAGCAAGGCACCGAAGUAAACAUCCAAAGCCUGUGUGAAGUGUGUGACCCACCACCGUGCAUCUUUAUGUCCUGGUCUGAACCCCGCCGCUGAGCUGAGCUGGACUUAAAGGGCUGUUCUGUGGUUACUCUGAAGCAAAAGUGUGUUUUAAAGUGGACCUAUACAUGCUCACUUCAACUGCUGCAGCUUUGUAUGAUUCACAGUUCAGAUUAAUCUUUUUUUAUCUAAUACUGGGCCUCAGUGCAGCCCCUCACCCCUCGCUUUAAAGGUUCGUUUUGUAAAACCUCGUGACUGGCAAGAGUUGAAAAUGAACAAACUGUCAAUAGACUGUAAAUAACAUUUAGGUUGUGAUGUCAAGGACAGAUGUGUAUUGUGCUGCAGUGGUAUCAACUGAAGGUUAAAUAGGGCCGUGCUGCAGGCUUGUGCAAUACCAUUUUGAACCACAAGAUGGUGCAGCAUGAAACAUUUAAAUUGAAUUCAAGCUGCUUUUAGCUCAACAUUUGUUCAAACUUCACGUUAUUGUCAUACUUAUGUGUACCAACUAAAAGAGAACAGGUAUAGAACUAUUAGAUUAGUUAGAAGUCGGCUUUUGGGGAUUCACACCUAUACUAAAACGAGUUUGGGAAAUGCUGCCACCUUGUGGUGAAAGUUUUUGUUUUAUUUUUCUAGGGUUUUUACAAAAGCACCUUUAAAGGUCACCCUCCCUUUAAGCUAACUUUCCUCUGCCUCUCACAAAAGGAAAAAACGUCUUUUGUGUCUGAGACAACCAUAUUAGGAACGUCCACUCUCUAUGAUGUCAUCCAGAGCCAAGAGUUAAAAAAAGAAAUACUGUCUGAAACUGAGCAUUUAAAACAGUCUGAGUCCUGAGCUUGAAACUGAAAUAAAACAAUACAGGAAAUAACAGAAUGAAAAACAAUAAAUAAAAGGAACAAAAGCCUAUUUUGAAGCUGCUACCUAAAUAAAUGGGAGGAGAGAUUUAGUAAGAGCUAAAGAUAUGCAUAAUAGGUCCACUUUAACACCAGCAAAACAGAAAAUGUUAAAUGUCUCUACCUGAGCUGUCUGCAGGUGUACAAACACAGAAUAUUUGCUCUAAGUGAUCCUUUAAAUCUCAGUAAAAUGUUUUAUUACCUUUUUAAUGUUUUUCUGAUUGGUGGUACUCAUCUGUGAGGUCAUUACUAUGACGUACUUUGGUAAAAUUCAUCAUUUUACUGUAGGAGGUGACUCUGUCCUCACAGCAGUUCAGAGGGGCGGGUUCAGACUUGGUACGGUCCAAAUGAAGGUCAAAUGAAGUCUUCGCUCCCCGCUGUAUCAGAGCCAUAAUUUAUCUGUUUCUCAGUCAUUUUGGAUUUUUUUGAAACAACUCUAAAAAAAUAAAAACUACAAAAAUUGAAAA